CUUACCUCAUUUCCAUAUUCUAUCUCAACAUGUCUCUCGUGGCUUCUCCUUCUUCUUCAAAACCUCGCAACUACAAAUUCAAAGUCUUCUCUAGCUUCCACGGUCCCGACGUCCGUAAAACAUUUCUCAGUCACUUGCGCCAACAUUUAAAAGACAACGGGAUAACUAUGUUUGAUGAUGAGAAGAUUAAGAGAGGCGGAGAUCUCUCUCCUUCACUCAAAACUGCUAUAAGAGAGUCGAAGAUCUCGAUCGUGAUACUCUCCCAACAAUAUGCUUCGUCAGGUUGGUGUUUAGAUGAAUUGGUGGAGAUCUUGAAACUCAAAAAAGCUAUGAAACAGAUAGUGAUGACUGUCUUCUAUGGAGUGGAGCCAUCCGAUGUGCGGAAACAGACCGGGGAUUUCGGUAAAGCUUUCAAGAAAACUUGUGCGAAUAAGACGGACAAGGAAAGACAUAAGAAAUGGAGCAAAGCUUUGACUGAUGUCAGCAACAUUGCUGGAGAAGACUUCAAGAAAUGGGAUAAUGAAGUGGACAUGAUCAAGAAGAUUGCAAAGGAUGUUUCUGAUAAACUUAACAAUACACCAUCAAAGGAUUUUCAAGACAUGGUUGGACUUGAAGCACAUUUGAGAAGAAUGGAGUCUUUGUUACAUUUAGAUAAUGAAGAUGACGCUAUGAUUGUUGGAAUCUAUGGUCCUGCAGGCAUUGGUAAAACUACCAUUGCUAGAGCUUUGAAGAGCCUAUUCUCAGAUAGGUUCCAGCUUACAUGUUUUAUGGACCUCAGUAGUAGCGAUCAUAGUGGUCUUCACGAUUAUGGUCUGCAGUUGCGUUUACAAGAACAACUUCUUUCGGAGGUUUUUAAUCAAGAUACGAGGGUAGGCCAUUUGGGAGUGUUACAACAAAUGCUGUGCGACCUGAGAGUGCUAAUCAUUCUUGAUGAUGUGAAUGAUGUAAAUCAACUAAAGGUUUUGGCUAAGGAAACUACUUGGUUUGGUCCUGGAAGUAGGAUUAUAAUAACCACAGAAAACAGAGAUCUUUUGAGGCAAUGUGGCAUCAGCAAUGCCUACCAUGUGGGAUUUCCAUCUAGAGAAGAAGCGCUUCAAAUCUUAUGUAAAUAUGCUUUUGAACAAAGUUUUCCACUUCAUGGUUUCAAGGAGCUUGCAGAAAGCAUAACAGACCAAUGUGGUAACCUCCCAUUGGGACUCCGUGUGGUGGGUUCAUCUUUAUUUGGGAAGAAGCAGGACGAGUGGGAAUUAGUAAUGCGGAGGCUAGAAACUAAUCCUGGUCGAGAAAUUGAUGACGUAUUAAGAGUCAGCUAUGAAAGGUUACAUGAAAAUGAUCAACUGCUAUUUCGCUACAUUGCAGUUUUCUUAAACUACAAAGAUUGUGAUCUUGUGGAAGCCAUGCUCGCUGAUGAUGGUAACUUGGAUGUCAAAUACUGCUUGAAAAUCCUAGUUAACAAAUCUCUUAUAGAGAUAAAUUACAGUGGGGAAAUAGUGAUGCACAAGUUACUACAACAAGUGGGUAGCCAAGCAAUUCGUAGACAAAAGCCAUGGGAAAGGCAAAUCUUAACAGAAUCUGGUGAGAUUUGCGAUAUUCUUCGAUAUGAGAAAGAUACUAGUAGUAAUGUGUCUGGCAUAUCAUUUGACACAUCGGGAAUAAGUGAAGUGACUAUAAGUGAUAACGCUUUUAAAAGACUGUAUAAUCUUCGAUAUCUGCAAGUUUACAAAAGUAGAAAAGAUGGGAAUAACAGAGUGCACAUACCUGAGAAAUUGGAGUUUCCACCUCGUCUAAGGUUACUAGAAUGGGAGGCAUACCCAAGCAAGUGUCUUCCUCCUACGUUUAAUCUGGAAUGUCUUGUGGAACUCAGUAUGUGGGGAAGCGAGCUCGAGCACCUCUGGAGUGGCACCCAGUCGCUUAGAAAUCUCAAUAAAAUGGAUUUGACGGGGUCCAUGAAUUUGAAAGAGCUCCCAGAUCUUUCAAAUGCUACAAAUCUGGAGACAUUGGAUCUGGGUGAAUGCGAGAGUUUGGUAGAGAUCCCAUCCUCUUUUUCGCAUCUUCAUAAACUAAAGACGUUGUGGAUGGAUAACUGCGUAAACCUACAAGUCAUUCCAGCUGACAUGAACUUGGCAUCCCUUGAAGGUGUGUAUAUGUCCGGAUGCUCAAGAUUGAGAAGAUUAAUAACACAUCUCCCCGCGAGUUUAGAAUCACUAUACCUAAGCCAUACUGAUAUUGAAACGAUCCCAGAUUGCAUCAAAGAUCUUCAUCAUCUGCAUUUACUUGAUAUAACUGGCUGCAGAAGACUAGCAUCAUUGCCAGAGCUCCCUCGUUCGCUCUCUUAUCUACAUGCAGAAGGUUGUGAAUCACUGGAGACCGUAUUUAUCCCUUUUCGCGCUUCAAGAGCGCGUCUCAAUUUCACCAACUGCUUCAAAUUGGGUGGAGAAGCACGGAGAGCAAUUAUUCGACGACCAUCGAAUUAUGCCAGGUCACUUAUCUUACCAGGAAGACAAGUACCAGUAGAGUUCGAUCACAGAGCCAAAAGUGAUUCCUUGACCAUUCUUCUCGAUGCAGCUAGUAAACCCAUGUAUGGUUUUUACCGAUUUAUAGCCUGCGUCGUGAUUUCCCCUAACCAAGAAAUCACAGAAACUAUGUCUGGCAUGUUAUGUCGCAUCAACGGCCACUUAGAAUCUUACGACAUAUGGGAUGUCGCAAAAUAUGGAAGGGAACAUCUAUUUAUAUUUCGAACUGGCUAUUUAUGCGGCGACACCUCCGGAGCAGACACAGAAAUGGUGUUCGAAUUCAGCAGCAAAUUCGAACAUCACUUCGACAUUAUUGAAUGCGGUGUCAAGAUCUGGAACCCAGAAAGCUUCGAACAGGGAUACCUGGGGUUUGAAGACGACGAUUAUGAGAUUAAAGACGAUAAUGAUGACCGUUCAAAUAGAGUUACUGGACUCUACAAAGCAUCCAGGAAGCGCCCGAGGAAGACGACGACUGCUCUACAAAUCUCAUUGAAAAUCCAAAAGCGACGACGUUUCCAAAAGAAAAGGAAAAAUAAAUUGCAGUAUAAGAUAAAAUUAUUGUAAUUUAUAAUUUUAAAAUUU